UCGCCGGCUCGGCCCUCUUCCGGGCAGCCAAUCGUGGGUGAGACGCCGGGCGCGCGCACGCUCCUUGGAAUUUAACGGUCGCGUGAGGCCAAUCUCCCGGUACGGACAUAGGCAGAGGCGAGGAGGCCAGACUCGUUGAAUCAAUAGCCGGUUUCACUGUUCUGAAUGUCAGCCGCUGAGGAUGCCGGUAGAAGAUGAAGCGACUGAAGAGGACCCCGAAGCAGUCUCCUCCCGAAGGAGAAGCAACAGUAUUUCUAAAUGACAGAGCUUGACAAUUUUUGUACGAUAUGGAGGAUUUUGAUCUGGUGGAAACUUUACAAAAAACAUCACCUUCUGUAGAAUCUGAUGUCAAAAGUACUCCCCAUUCUCUUGGGUUGAGCUCACAUGCUAAUAGAAGUAGUCCCCACCUUAGUACAAAUGGGGUAUCCUCUUUCUCAGGGAAGACCGGGCCACCUGUCAUUCAAGGCACAGUCGAAGUCCUCACUGCUUUAAGACAAGACCUACAGAACAGUGGCCGGACUGACGCGGAACUUUGGAAGAACUGUGAGGCCAGGUGGUUGCAGCUCUUCAGUGUGAUUGAACAGCAUUUCCAGGAGCAGGUCGUGACCCAGCAGGAGCAGUUCCAUCGGCAGAUCCAGCGGAUACAGGAGGAGAUACGGAAGUUGGUGAAACUCCAGGCCAGCAAUGCUUCCUGGCCGUCCUGCAGCAGCAGCUCUGUGAGCGAACAGGUGUCCUCAGAGAGCCAAAUGGGCUUCUUUUCUGAAAACAGUGAGAGAAAUGAGUCUGUGGCCAGUUACCCAGCGUCUAAGGAACCCGAGACCCAGCCAGCAUCGUCCACAUCCCACCCAGAUUGCAAUGUGGACACCAGCUCACUGAGUAGUGGCUACGGGACUUUCUGCCUCCUGGAGAUGAACACCCACAAGGCUAAGGAGCCCACGGAGCCCUUGGAGCCCGAGGCAGCUUCCCAGGGGCAGCACACAGCCCCUGCAGUGCAGGCACAAGCCCAUGCAGGAGGCACAGCAACCAUCAACUUCUUCACACAGACCCCUGAGGAGCUUUGUGCGUCUCUAAAGGAAGAUGUCUCCACUUUUCCUGGUGAAUUCGAACAUAAUUUUCUUGGCGAAAACAAGAUCUCUGAAGUAUACAGUGGAAAAGCAAAUAGUAGUAAGGCUCUAACAUCCUGGGCACAAAAGCUGAAGCAGAACCAGCCAAAGCAAGCACAUGCAGAAGACGACUGCUCCAGACCUAAGCCAGCGACAGGGAGCGAGCUAACCUGGAAGCCUCCGGUUGAUACAUCUAACCUUCCUGCCGAUGCUGCACGUCCUUGUGCCUUUUACCUCAAUAAGCCAGCCGAAAGCCCAAGUUCUUGGUCGUCGGAUUCAGGGACAGGGCUGACUUACUGGAAGCUGGAGGAGAAGGACAUGUAUCACUCUUUGCCUGAAACGUUGGAGAAGACAUUUGCACCAUCCCCUGCAGAGAGGCCACUGAGCCAGGUCCUGACUCUGGAUCCGGCCACACACAGGAAGCCAAAGGAGCAGGCUGCCAGCAUCCAUUCCCAUAGCUUUUUGAAUACUCUCGAUGACAGAAUAUCCUUUUCCCCAGACUCCGUUCUGGAACCAAGCCUGUCUAGUCACUCUGACAUUGACUCGUUUUCACAAGCAAGUCAUAAUGCUUCUCAGGUAUCUGGGUUCCCCAAAUAUCCGUCAACUACGAAAGCAUCACCUGUGGACACUUGGAAAAACCAUGCAUUCCAAAGUGAAAGUAGGACCAGUUCCACGAUCCCUUCACGCUACACCAUCACUAGCAACGAUAUCUCAGUCAAAACUAUAGACGAAGAAAACACUGUCACAGUGGCCUCAGUCAGUCAGUCCCAGCUUCCAGGUACAGCCAACAGUGUCCCAGAAUGCAUUUCAUUGGCUUCCCUGGAAGAUCCUGUGAUGUUGUCUAAGAUCAGGCAGAACCUCAAGGAAAAGCACGCACGACACGUAGCCGACCUUCGAGCUUAUUAUGAGUCGGAGAUAAGUGCUCUGAGACAGAAACUGGAGGCCAAAGACAUUUCUGCUGUCGAAGAGUGGAAGAAGAAAAAUGAAGCUCUUGUGGACAGGUGUGGCCAGCUGGAUAGUGCACUGACUGAAGCUACUAGUCGAGUGCGAACCCUUGAAAAGAAGAACAAUUUGCUAGAAAUAGAAGUGAGUGACUUGAGAGAACGCUUCAAUGCAGCCAGCAGUGCCUCCAAAAUUUUGCAGGAACGAAUUGAAGAGAUGAGGACAAGCAAUAAAGAGAAAGACAACACCAUCACGCGGCUAAAGUGCCGGCUGCAGGAUCUAGAAGAAGCCUUUGAGAAUGCUUACAAGCUCUCAGACGAUAAAGAAGCCCGGCUGAGACAAGAAAACAAAAUGUUUCAAGAUCUCUUAGGAGAGUAUGAGUCCCUCGGCAAAGAGCAUGGGCGAGUAAAGGAUACAUUAAACACGACCGAGAACAAACUGCUUGAUGCACAUACGCAGAUUUCUGACUUGAAAAGGAUGAUCUCAAAACUUGAAGCUCAGGUGAAGCAGGCGGAGCACGAGAGUAUGCUGAGUCUUCGCCACGGCGCUAAAGCUCCCACGAGGCCAUCCCGGGCCAACACACUAGCCACCUCGGAUGUCAGCAGGAGGAAGUGGCUGAUCCCAGGAGCAGAGUACUCCAUCUUCACUGGGCAGCCUCUGGACAGCAGGGACAGGAAGACAGACAGACAGCUGCAGGAAACCGGUGUUCCUGGAUACCAUUCUCCUCCAGAAAAGGACUCUUCACUUGGAAAGUCCCCAGCAAGCUUAUUGAUUAAAAAGAAGAGGGACGCACCGGACACUCCACCAAUCAUUAAGGCUUUAAAGGAACUUGAUGAAGAAAGACUGUUUAAAAAUUGGGGGACACAGACAGAGAAAGAGGACUCCUCAAGUCAAUUAGUGAAUCCUCGGCAGACUGAACCUUCAGUCAAUACAGGCCGUUCCCCAGAGAAAUGUGCCCAGCAGAGACCAAAGAGACAGAGUUCAGCUUCACAGAGGUCAUCGUCUCUCCCACCUUCCAAUCGGAAAGCCAACACUCCAACAAAAAGAGAGAUUAUGUUGACGCCAGUGACCGUGGCUUAUAGUCCUAAGCGGUCCCCUAAAGAAAAUUUGUCCCCAGGAUUUAGUCAUCUCCUUAGCAAAAAUGAAAACAGUCCAGUUCGAUUUGAUAUCCUUUUGGAUGAUUUAGAUACUGUUCCUGUGUCCACGUUACAACAGACCAGUCCACGGAAGCAGCUCCAGUUUCUUGAUGACAUGGAAGAAAAAACCAGUGAUGACCCUGUUAAUCCUAGCUCUUGUUCUGAACACUCAGCAAAUGGCUUGAAGAAAGUGUCCGCGAGACAAGCCUGGGAGAAGAGUAAAUCACUUAGCCUUGAGCAGUGUAAGCCGGCAUCAGCAGCAUCACAGGAUAACGAUUUUGAAUAUACCGCAAAGAUUAGGACCCUAGCUGAAACGGAGCGGUUUUUUGAUGAACUUACAAAAGAAAAAGACCAGAUCGAGGCAGCACUAAGCCGAAUGCCAUCUCCUGGAGGAAGAAUCACUUUACAAACAAGACUAAAUCAGGAGGCCUUGGAAGAUCGUUUGGAAAAGAUCAAUCGUGAACUGGGUUCAGUUCGAAUGACACUCAAGAAGUUUCAUGUUUUGCGAAGCUCUGCAAAUCUCUGAGACUGGUAGCCAUUAAACUUGAGACAUUUUUGUUUGCACUAAUGUACAAUUAUGCACUCGGAAAAGGCAAGCUCUUUUCUACUGUUUAUAAGCCUUCAAACAGUAGUUUUACAAUCAUGCUAUUCUUACACCUGCUAUUUUAUACUUAAAAUGGCCACAUAUUUUCAAGAUAUUUUUGUUAUGCUCAGGAACCUCUUGUAUAUUUUACUAUUUAAAAAGCAUUAUUUUUAAAUAGCCUAUGUGUCCAAUUUCUAUCAACAAUACGGAAAUGUAAAUGGGGAGGCAGCUUGUUUCUAAAGAAAUAGUGUUAUCCUUUUACAAUGAACUUUGCACACUGAUUUUAUAAACUUGUUCUACAUUGUAAAUAUAAUUCAUUUUUAAAAUAAAUGCUUAGUAGCUUCCAUAA